AUGACCGAUGCAUCGCAUGGUAUCCAAGAGCAGAGUCACGAAGCUAACACUGAUAUGGCACAUCGCUCCUCUCAGCCCGGCGGUGAACCACGAAACUUGGAAGAUUCCGAGGUGAAGAUGGAUUUUGAGACCGCGUUUGCACAUAUGCAAAGCCUUGUCCGUAUCUGGAGAGAAGACACUGUUCCCAGAACUCGUCGCUACAACAAAGCAACUUCCGGCUAUCGAGAUGCCGAAACGAACGUCUACUUCGAGCAGAACAUGAAUCGCAUGCCUCGAAAUUUGAGGAUCAUCGAUCUCGACUCUGUCACUGAUAUUGAGAUGUCUCGUAUUGGGAUGAUGAUCCAUUGGGAAAAGCAAGCUACAGUUGCUUGCUACACUGCGAUCGGGAUCCUCCGAUCCGAGAUGAUCCAGCUGAACGAGAUCAAGAAGCUCUGUUCUUAUGAUUUGGAGCUCGAUGAAACCUCCAGACAAGUCGAAGCACGCAGGAUUGUUGUUUCGGUUUACUAG